UUGGUUCCCUUUACUUUCUUUAACUCUGUUCAUACUGUGCUAUGUUAUUUUUUUUUCUCGCUAGACCGACAGUAUUGGCCAGGGCCAGGCUAAGCACAGACUUAACAUGGGGAUACUAGCAUCAUUAACACUGGCUUCUGCGUGUGUAGUAAUUCUUUCUGGGAAAUAAGUGUGCGAUUCUCUGCUAUGGGCUCAAACAGAACAUUAUGAGAGACUUGCAGUGUAAGAUGGAAAGGUCACAUCAAAGACUGGUCACUCUGGUUUAGGUACAUGUAAUACAUACUGGGGACAAAAUGGACUGGGGUGAGCUCAACAGACACUGGACAACAACCGUUAAUAUAUUCACAAUACAUGCCAGGAAAAUCGGUGUCAUGUCUGCUGGCAUUCUGAUUUCUCUGGUGGCGUAUGGUCUUCUCACGUCUGCUAGCAGGAAGCCGAUGGUCGUCUGCGAGUCUGUCAAGAACGAGCUGGUUCCCGCCUCUUCCGAGUCUUGCCCUUGGCAGUUCGUGAUGUCUGACUUGGCUCACCGUUUGAGACUCAUCGAGAUGGCCUUCAAAGAGCAAGUCGUCGCAAGGGAGAUAAUAGCCGCAGAAGUGAACAAUCAAACUUAUUCCAACUUGGAGCUGGAACGGAAACUAGACAAUUUUACCUACACGAUCAAACUUCUAUCAGACAAGAUAGACAAGCUGAGUGAUCAGAUAUCUGAAGUGUCUUCCAGGCUGUAUUCCGAUGAGUGUCUCGGGUUCCUGGUCCUGGUGUUUGUGGCUGGGCAGGUUAUUUUGACCCUCAGAGCGAAACUAAACAUCAAAAGUGGACAUCAGUCUCGACACGGGAGCCAUGACCUGAGCAACCAGAAUGGUGCCAGUUGUACCAUACUUAAAAGUUUGUCCACCAUUAACACUUCCGGAAGUCAAGUGCUAGUUAAGCAGAUGACAAGCUUCAACAGACAGGACGUCUGUCUGAUUGGCCUGAACAAAAGUGCCUGGAAACUCAACGAGGACUUGGCUGAGACACUGGUCAAGUGCGCCACCGAUGACGCUAGUGCGCCAAUGAAAUACUGCUACGUCAUUGAUUCCGUGGAAUCUCUUCAGAGCUGUCCGCGAGCCAAGCUGUAUAUAGUCUUGGUGGACUGCUCGCCCGACGGAGAGGACAAAUCGUCUCUGGGCAGCGAUGAAGGACAGCGAAGCAGCAAGCUGCUCAUGACCUUGCGGCAUUUGAGAACCUCUGGGGGUCACGUGAUGGUGGUGAUGAUCAACGAAAACGAGUCCCAAAAUCUUCCCACCCAUUCUCUCUACAACACCAAGCUAGCGCUCAUUCACAAUAACGACCUGUUGCAAGAGCUGGCCUCCAACGGAAGGGUUCUCAGCCUGUGGAAAGAGCUGUCCCCAAACCAACUAGGCCACAUUAGUAAAUCAGCGAGGUCUUUGUUGAGUUUCAAAGGAAAAUAAAUGAACCUUUUUAUGACUAUAAAGUCACUGUUCAACUCGUUAUCUAAUGUGAUAUUAGCAUUAUUAAAGACAAAAUAAAGACAAUAGAAACUACAAACUGUUCAACAACAUUGACUCGGAGAUUAUAUCUCAAUGUAUUAUAGACAUAUACAGAAGAAAUGUAUACUUAAUGACUUGUUACAAGCUCAGUAGUGUUCCAAGUGUGUGUGCGUGUCUAAUUCGUUUAAUCAGCUGGACUGGAAGUAGUAUAAGAAAGGAUUAAACACUUUUAAUAACA